CCUCUCUGACGAGCUGCUUCCGGUUGGAGACGUGGCUUAUACUUCUGCCAUAUUGAGCCGCGGAGCAGUGCACUUUCACAGAAAUAUCUGUUUUAUUUAUCACCACAUAGUGUUUAUACAACCACAUAAACGCCACCGAGAACAUUAAGCGCUGGAAAGAUAACAGACACUGAAAAUGGUGCUGUUGGCUGCAGCGGUGUGCACCAAGGCAGGAAAGGCCCUGGUGUCACGGCAGUUUGUGGAGAUGACACGGACACGAGUGGAGGGUCUGCUGGCUGCUUUCCCCAAGCUGAUGAACACAGGCAAGCAGCAUACAUUUGUGGAGACCGACAGUGUGCGCUAUGUCUACCAGCCACUGGAGAAGCUCUACAUGGUCUUGGUCACCACCAAGAACAGUAACAUACUGGAGGACCUGGAGACACUGCGUCUCUUCUCACGUGUGAUUCCUGAAUAUUGUCGUGUCCUGGAGGAAAGUGAGAUUUCUGAGCAUUGCUUUGACCUAAUCUUCGCCUUUGAUGAGAUUGUCGCCCUCGGUUACAGAGAAAAUGUCAACUUGGCCCAGAUCCGGACAUUCACAGAGAUGGAUUCUCAUGAGGAAAAGGUGUUCCGUGCUGUCAGAGAGACUCAGGAGCGCGAGGCUAAGGCAGAGAUGAGACGGAAGGCUAAAGAGCUUCAGCAGAUACGGCGUGAUGUCGAGCGCGGGAAAAAGGGGCCGGGCUUCGGUGGUUUCGUCAGCUCAGGCAUGAGCAGCAGCACGGGCAUAAUCACAGACACUCUGAUCGAGCCCGAGAAACCCAGACCCAUCCCUGCACCUGUCAGGUCCAGCGGACCAAGUAAAGCACUUAAAUUGGUUGGUAAGGGAAAGGAGGUGGAUGACUUUGUGGACAAACUCAAGUCAGAGGGAGAGAAUAUCAUCUUGCCCAGCACAGGCAAAAGACCCUCAGAUGCAUCCAAAUCUCUACCUGCUCCAACACACACAGAAAGUGUGCACCUGCGAGUGGAAGACAAGAUGACCUUAAUAUGUGGGCGUGAUGGUGGCCUGCAGAACAUGGAAGUGCUUGGCAUGAUUACUCUCAGAGUGUCUGAUGAAAAGAAUGGGCGAAUUAGGCUGCAUGUCAACAAUAAGGACAAGAGGGGUGUUCAAUUGCAGACCCAUCCCAAUGUGGACAAAAAGCUUUUCACUGCUGAUUCUGUGAUUGGCCUGAAGAACCCAGACAAAUCCUUCCCUCUGAAAAGUGAUGUGGGUGUUCUCAAAUGGAGACUACAGACCACAGAUGAAUCUCUCAUACCUCUAACAAUAAACUGCUGGCCCUCUGAGAGUGGUAAUGGCUGUGAUGUAAACAUUGAGUAUGAGCUACAGGACGAAUCUCUGGAACUCAAUGAUGUAGUCAUCUCUAUCCCUGUUCCGUCAGGGGUGGGAGCUCCUGUGAUUGGUGAUCUAGAUGGAGAAUAUCGUCAUGACAGCAGACGGAAUGUUCUGGAGUGGUGUCUGCCUGUGAUUGAUGUGAAGAAUAAGUCCGGUAGCCUUGAGUUCAGUAUACCUGGCCAGCCCGAUGACUUUUUCCCUGUCAAUGUCUCCUUUGUCUCCAAGAGCAACUACUGUGACAUUCAGGUCACAAAGGUAUCCCAGGUGGAUGGGGACAGUCCGGUUCGGUUCUCCACAGAGACAUCAUUUGUGGUCGACAAGUACGAAAUACUGUAGAAGGAAACAUCACUAAUGCAAUUCCACCCAACUUGACAAAAGAGCAGAUAAAUGGACUGAAAACAUUCAUAUAAAUACAAGAAGGGAGAGACUUGCAAAUGGAGGGGCGACGCUAUCUUUAUCAUCUUCAACAGGAUUUAAUUUUUUUCAUAAAGAAAAAAUGUCCUUUUGGCCCUUGCUGGCAUUAUUGGCUCUACUUGUACCAAAUUUGUUGUCAAAUUUGUAACCCAAUCAUGAUGUCAGUGAGGAUUGAGGCUUAAAUGGGGACUGUAUCAGAAGAAGGGAGUGGGCAGGUGGGUCUCUAUUUAUUUGAAGUCAUCAUGGCAGUAAUUAGUUAUGUCUCACUGAUGUACUAUGGGUAUAAAAUUUGAAUUGACGGCUGAUAUAACUCAACUGUAAGGGAAAAGUCAGGUUGCUUGUGUCUUUUCUGUUUGUGGCUCUCCAAAGUUUAAUUUUCCUUGUGCCCUAAACUAACUUUUUGAAACACUAGAAGGGAGGUAAGGACUUAUUUUCUCUUUAGUCACAGCUUGUGUGACUAAUCCACUGUUGUUGUACCUGGCUUAUAAUAACCCAUUAGUCCAUACCCUGAAAUGGGCUGCAGUAUUAGUCUCUGUUUUGUCAUUCAUGCCUCCUGUUUCUUUUCUAGAAAUACAUAUUUUAUCUAAUUGUUCAAUGUUGACAUAUUUAAGAAUUGGAUCUUUGCCUGACUCUUGACUGGCUGUGUGUUCUUCUGCUUUUAAAUCAUGUUGUGGUGUAGUUAUGUCAAGCCUUUAAAGAAAUGAAGCCUUCAGAACUUUGUUCCAUGAUAUCAAAAUACAAAUUGCCAAAAAAUGUCAAUUUGAUAAAUAAAUGAAUAAUAUAUUGCAGUAAAUAGAUUUGAUUCUUCCAUUAGUAAUGUGAUGGUUAUUACUAAGCUUACAACAUUGUAUGCAAAGAAAAACAUUGCUUAAUGCGGCUUUAAAAAAAGUUCAAUCUGGUUAAUUUCCUAUUUUGUAUUGAAAGCAAAAGCUGCAGGCUCAGGCUUUGACUUCGCUAAAACAUACAACUAAAAGGCAACCUGCUCACUCUCCAUCUGAAAUGUGUUUUACAGCGUGUAGGUAGUAGAGGUUCAGGACCUGUCAAUGAUUGUGAAUGGGUUUUCAGGGAGGGACCUCUGGUCUCUAAUCAGCAUUAAAAGUGAUUCCCAGCCUGUCAAGCCAUUAGCCCAAUCUUCAAUCUCAAAUUCAACCCCACAAAACCUUGCUGAAGAAAAGUGAAGAGGUCUCCCUUUAUCUAUUUGUUCCCAAUAAUGCCUUGAAUGUAUCUGCAUAGUUUGAUGAGGGGUAGGGCUUUUUGUUCAUCUUUAUUGUUUUUUGUUGAUGGAAUCAUAAUGUGGACUGCGGAAGGUAGAAGGAGAUUUGUUUUUUUUUGUUUUUUUUUUAAUCUUGUAAAAUAAUAAAUUAGGCAUUGAUGAUGAAUAACAUUCCAAUGUAAUCUUACAAAAAAAUAAAGAGUAAAAAAAAACUUUUGA